AUGGCUCCUCCCGCGCAGCAGGUGCAGCUGCCUGAGAGGGGCCUGUGUGAGGACGUGUCGUUCUUGCGAAUACAGAAGACUGGCAGUACGUCGUUUGGGGAUGCGAUCAUCAACAAGAUGUGUAAGGACAGCGGCAUGUUUCACCGCGCGUUCUGGCACAUGGAUUACAAUAUUGCCACCCAGUCCUCGGCAGGGUGCGUCGUGACGUUCCUACGGGACCCUGUGGACAGGUUCAUAUCCGAGUUCGCGAUGAUGCGAGGCCCUGAGCAAAACUACACCUACGGGCAGGACCAGUGGGACUACCACGUGUUGGACCAGCCGCGCAUGAGGGAGCUCAUGACCAAGCAGCCCGUCGAAGACGCGCUCAGAGAGUUCGUCGACUGGCCGGGCAAUGCUGGGCGGAAUCGGCAGGCCCUGUACCUCCUGGGGUUCAAGAGGGUGGCCUGCAACCGCGGGUGCUGUGGCCUGUGCACUCUGGAGUACAGGCGCCCAGGGUCGGACCCCGGGUGGUUCCCGAUUCAGGUGCCAGAGCGAGCCGUGAGCAACACACCGAAGCAAGGCGCUGGAGGUUACCCGGCCAGGCAGUACAGCUGGGAGGCGGACCACGACAGCCUGCUGGCCACGACUCAGGCGAACCUGCUGAGCCUGCGCGCCUUCGGGAUGACGCACUGCUACGAGGAGUCUUUGGAGGUUAUAGCGCGCGAGGUGGGCUGGGACCCCGAGAAGGCGCUUCGGCUGGCCAAGGGCUCCCGCGCGUUCCGCGCCUCGACGUCGAGGGAGGCCAAGGCCAUCAAGGCCAAGGGCAAAGAGCUCGCGGGCGACAUCCGCCGGCUGAACCGGCUGGACGACGAGCUCGUGAGCUGGGCGUUGGAGCAGUUCAGGCAGAGGUACGGUCGGAGCGACGGGCCGUACCCUGGCGGAGCGGAGAACUCCACGUGCGCUCCCCGGGGCGGCCUGCAGCAGCAGCUGGCGAUGCAGAGUGAGGUUGUGAAGGCGGAGCUCGACCUGCUUGUCAAGGACCACAAGGCCCUGGUGAAGAUGGGGGAGACCUACGGCUCCUUCGACCCGGCCGGAAAGGCGAUCUUCCUGGACCAGGUGGAGGCGGUGGAGUCCCGCUGGGAGGUGUUCAUAUCCCGCUUCCAGCUCAUGGGGGAGCUGAACCCGGACUACGUCCAGCAGGCGAACAGCUUCCUGGAAUCCUCCGGCCUCUCGGUCGCGGGCUUCCGGCAGCUGCUGCGGGAGGCGCACACCGCCAUGCGCCAGGACGCGGAGCGCGAGGCCCUGGGCGGCUGA